AUGGCUACGAUGAGUUGGGUUUGUCGACCCUGUCACUCAACUUUGACUUUGUUCCACCAUCUUCUCGAUCCUAAUUGCCCAAUGGCCGAAGCGAAAAGCCCUUUCGCGCUCGAAAAAGUUGUCUUCAAUCUUCCGUAUACUCAGUGGCAAUCGCACGAUGCUCAAACCAAGCUGGAAGAUGCCAAAAAGGAGGUCGCUAGAGAUCCCUCACGCGCCGGCAGCGCGAGUGCAGAUUUCCCACUACUCUGGGUAGCUGCGGAAGCGGCAAGGGAAGACGAACGUCUCAGAACGGCGGCAAUGGCGGAAGCCUUUAUUAAUGCUAUAAUUCGAGCCGGCAGGGAGCCGACACUCUUGGAAUAUACCCUCACACCAGACGCGCAUCUGCCUCGUCCCCGGGAAUGGGAAGCUCCUCUUUUAGGCAUCUUGAAUCUCCUUGAACCCAUUGCGGACGUGGAAGAAUUCUCUCAAAAUGCCGAGAUUGUGGAAGCCAUCUCCAGUCGUUAUCUCGACGUUGCUAGAACCUUGUGGCAAGACCUUGCAUUUCUGCUGCACCCUGGUUGCGUCGGAGACCAUAGGAGAUGUUUGGUUGCUCGCACCAUCCUUUCAAUAGCGAGAAUUCCAGAGAAAAGAAGUACUAUGUAUGAUCCCAAAACCAUUUCCUUGGUGAUGCACUGCUGGAUUCAUACGACCCCAGAUCCAAAAUAUCGACUCUCUGCAUCAGCUUGUGCCCGUUGUCUGUUUUUCCAGACGCAGGAGAUACCUCCACCGCCAUCAGGUGCGCUUACCUUUGCUCUGCAAUGCGUUUCUGUCGAUACAUUCAUCGCCCGUGAGACGGAAGCACUUCAGCACCCUGCAAUGAUUGGAGGAGCCCUUUCGAUGGAACUCAAAGCCCUAGACCCGUUUACUGCAAAUAAGCAAAGCUUCGCUCAGUUAUUUACUGAUGCAAAACUUUAUGUUCACGUCAUCGAUGCCGUUCACCGGGAGUGCGCUCAGCUGGAGGAGAAGCUCUCGUAUGGUAACGACACCUUGUUGGUGUUUUUCGAGAGUGAUCGUCUUAUGAAGAAUAUUCUGUCACGACAAAUGAAAGCGAGACCUGCAUCGUACCUCCUGAGGGACAUAAUAUCGCACCCUCGUAUCAUGAAGGUUGCAACAGUUGGUCUACAUCUGGGGAGUUUGAAUCCGGGGGUCAAAGAUAUGUGGAUUGAAUUCAUCAAGACUCUUGUUCUCACUUCCACCCCCACCAUACCACCUCAACGCGGAUGGCUAUUCUUCCCGGUCGAGAAAUUCCGUGACGAGGCGCGCAAGUCGAUCCGACGGUUUUACUAUUACACAGAAAGCCAGCUUUGGCAGCCUGAUUCACUGGACCAAAGAUGUCGUGACCUCUGGGCGGAAGUGGGGCGCGUCUUCCGUAUCUCCCAAGAGAACGCACAGGCUGCUUACCGCCAUCAGAAGCAGUGCUGCUCAAUCCUUUGUCCCCAAGUCAUUGGGCGAGACAAGAUGCAGAAGUGCAGACGCUGCAAGCUGACGUAUUAUUGUAGCGCUACCUGUCAGAGCGUGGAUUGGGUUCUUCACCGAAAGGAAUGUCGAGAAGAACGUUUGAUAGGCGCCGCUGCAGUCCCGUAUGUGGAGGAAGACGAUGUGAUGCCGCCAGUGAACUUCAUCUUUCCUGCUGAAUCUUAA